AUCUAUUAAAUACAAAAGAAAGAAAAUCCUUAUUUGACUCGAAUCCCGUCUCUGGCUUUCGGAUUCCCGCGGCCGGACAGCGGUGAGAACUUCGAAGAAGAUGACCGGAGGUUCCACUCCCAAAAACACCGCGGACGUUAGGAAUGCAUCUUGCAAAUACGAUUUACAAAGCUAAAUCGUCCAAUAUACUCUACCGAAUCUUGACAUACGAAAUCAUUUGAAAUAAUAGUGUAUUAGCAUUUAGUGAUGGAAGAGACGAAACGUAAGAGACGAUUCCGUUCUGCUUCCGGAGUUAUCUCAUCGUUAAUGUUUUCCUCGUAAAAACUUUGAUCAUCCGAAAAUUUGUCGGUGGAUAUAUAAUUUUAUUCCUUGUCCACAAAAUCUUCUUUCUCAAUGUCUCUUUGCUGCAUUUUGAAGUUACCUGGUUUUCCCCCCUUUUCUUUAUACUUCUAAUGUGGGUUUUAAUUUGUUUUUAGGAUUUGAAUCGUCAAUCAAUUUUGUGAUAGUUCAUGAUGGCAUGAGUUUGCGAUAGAUUUCGAGGACUCUGGAAAAAGCUUAUAACAAGUUAACAUCCAACUUGGGCGUUUUCGUUGCAUGGCCAAUUGACUCAGACAGUGAGAUGAUAUUUAUUGUUGGUGUUUAUUUUAAUAUGCGUACUGAAACUCGGCUGAAGAUUUAUCUGACUGAUUUGAUUUGCAUGUGCUAAAGUGCCAAUAUAAUUAAAUUUACGUUUUUGGAUAAAUUGGUAAAAUUAAGUUUUUGGAUCAAUCGGGAUUCAAUGACAUGAAAGAGACCUUUGUGUUUUAAAAGGUGUUUUGAUCCCAAGACUUUUGAACUAGAAAUGGUUUCAAACGAGAAAACAUUUGAUUUGCUUAAGCUAUUUUUGGCUGUAAGAAAUAAGGGUGGUUAUGAUGUUGUAUCGAGGAAGAAUUUGUGGGAUUUGGUAGGAGAAGAAUUUGGUUUGGGUUCAAUUAUCUCCUCAACUCUGAAAGUGUUGUACGUUAAGUACUUGAAUGUUUUAGAGAGAUUGCUUGAAAGGGCUGUUGAGGAUCGAGACUCCACAAAUAGUUGCAGCAGUACGGGAUUCGGAUCCAAUGGCUCGUCUCCGGAUAUUCAAUAUUUGAAGAAGAAUCAUGAUUUGCAUGAAUCAGAAUUUUCGGACUGUGAUGAUACAAAUGUAAUUCUGAAGAUUGAUAGGGACAAGAAUAUUACUGGUUGCGAGGAAACUCUCUGCCAAUUAAAUAAGUCCGAGUGGGACAUUCAUGACACAAAUAACUUGUAUAAAGGUGAAGACUCUAGCCUGGCAUUAGCAUCCAAUGUGGCCGAGAAUUUUGAUGUCACGGAGAAAUCCCGUUGUCUAAACGUUCAAAAGGAUGAAAAUGCAUUUAUGGAUGGGGUAGGAAGCAAUGUCAAGCUCUCUUACGACAGCAGAACGUAUGAUGGUCAUGAUCCUGAUGACAAAGAAGGAGCGAUCAUAGAUUCCAUAUCAAUUGAGGAACUUAAUUUUAGCCAUGAGAAAAAGUGUGAAUCCAUGUUAGGAAUGGUAAAUUGGAUCAAAGAGAUUGCAAAGAAUCCAUGUAACCCUGUUAUUGGGUUAUUACCUGAAAGUUCAAAGUGGAGGUCAAGUGGAAAUGAAGAGAUCUGGAAGCAAGUUCUGCUGAUUCGAGAGGCGACGUUGCUGAAUAGACAUUUCAGUUCAUAUGCUGGACGGUCCGCUCUGCAGGGCAUACAUCCAUGCAUGUUCGAUGAUCAUCAAGGCUCCAGUUACAAUCUAAGAAAGAGAACAAGAUCUAGUAAAAUAUUUCCCUGUGGGAUGAGUCGUGGUCAAAGUCCUCUACCGAGGACAGAAGACCAACUUGACCAAAAAAUUGUUGUAACAACUGAUUCCUUGAUGCCAGACUACAUGGGACAAUCUGCCUCAAAACAAAUACCCAUAGGACCAAAGUUUCAGGUUGAAGUACCAGAAUGGAGCGGUAUAACAUCUGAAAGCGACUCUAAGUGGUUAGGGAGUCUGGUUUGGCCAUUAAAUAAAAAGAAAAAAUCAUUUCGUCGUAAACACGAUCCCAUUGGGAAGGGACGAGAUGAUUCGUGUAAAUGUCAGGUCCUUGGUUCCAUCGAAUGCAUUCAGUAUCAUAUUUUAAAGAAAAGAUACAAAGUUAAGAGGGAAAUAGGCUCGGCAUUCUAUAACUGGAAAUUCGAUAAAAUGGGGGAGGAAGUGCGACUUCAUUGGACAGAGAAAGAGGAGCACAAGUUUAAGAGUGCAACGAGGUCGAGUUCUACAUCUUUUAAACAGUCCUUCAGGACUCGUAUGUACAAAUAUUUCCCUUAUAAGAGCAAAGAAGAUAUAGUUUGUUACUACUUUAAUGUCUUCUUAUUGCAUCAUAGAGCAUUUCAGAACAGAUUCACUCCCGAUAACAUUUGCAGUGAUGAUGAAUUGGAAUAUUUAUGUAGGAAGAGAAAACCUUGUUGGUAAUACCAGGAGAGGAUUUUGUUUUGUUUUUUUUAUAUUAGUUUCAUAUAUGUAUUAAUUAUGUACCGUUAUUGUAGUUUGAUUUUAGUAGUUCUCAAUAAAAACAAAUAUUUCUUUUUAUUA